AUGAAGACAACCAAAGUACCAAUCUUGAGUCCUCCUCUUGUCGCUUUUGAACAUAAGAGAGAUGCCUAUGGUUUUGCAGUGAGACCUUAUAAUGUACAGAGAUACCGGGAAUAUGCAAAUAUCUACAAGGAAGAAGAGGAAGAAUGGUCAGAUAGUUGGAAAGACUUUCUGGAAAGGCAAUCAGAGGGUGCUCAAUUGCCUGUAAAUGGUGGUUCUGAUAAAGCCCCAGAAGGAGAUGAUUUGAGCAGUGAGAAGCCUGGCCAUGAUGAUUUAAAACCUCGAGAAGAUGAAGUUUCUUAG